AUCGUGAGCAACACCGCGAGGAGCCCGAGGAGUUCGAGUAAUCUGCAUCGGAAGAGAAACAACGGGGACAACCGUGAUGGCCGUCAGGUUCACGAUCCUGGUGCUCUUGACCACCGUCUUCGUCGUGGUGUCCUCCGCCGGACUGCUCGAGACGUUGCUCUCCUGGGAUUUUCCAGACGCCGUGGGCAGAUCGACCAAUCCCCAAUCUCAAUGCCUGUGUCAAACGUCCAAUUGCUUGUGCUGCAUCGAUCUGAAUCUGACCGCGACGUUCGAUCUGGGGCCGGCGUGCAUCAACGUGAGGCAAAAGGAGCAGAACGUCUCGUUGAAUCUCAGCUACGGCGACAAUCCCGUGCACAAUGCCACGAUCAAGAUCGUGGACGCGGCCAAUAGAUCGACUUGCAUGAACCUUCUCUCAGACUUGGCGCAGAUAUGCGCGAAAUUUACGUGGAUCAAGCAGACGGAAGCGGGCCACGACGGUUGUCUGGUGAUCGAACCAGCUCUGUUGGGAACGCCGCAGGCCACUUACCAGAUGGGAUGCUUCAAUUUCAAUCAGGUGGUGCGCCAAAUCGAGGCACCUCCCGCCAUCGAGACAGCGGAAGCGGGCGAGAGCGGGGAGGAGGAGGAAGACUCGUUGAACACGGAGGAAUUCAUAGCGGCUGUGUCGGCGAGCGCCGAGCAAGGGAUAGCGCUGUUUUCCCAAUGGCUGGGCCUCAAUCUCAAUCCGAAAUUGAACGUGACGAGCGGGAAGAACGGGCAACAGGAGGCGAACGGUUCCACCACUUCAAGGUCUGCUCGGGCUCGGUGGGAUCAAGAGGAGAAGAGCGACGAGCGGUUUAAGCAAUUGCUCAGCGCUCAGGACAACGUGUUGAGGGGUUCGGCGACGAUCGGCCAAUCGAGCGGGGCCGAGACGACGUUCGUUUAUUCGAAACCCCCCGGCUUGUACUCGUCGGAUAAGAGUUCGGACGAGAGAAGGGUCGAUCGAAUGAAAAUCGAGCCCCAACACCUGGCCGUGGUGCCGAAAGAGUCGAGGAGAGGUGGAAGGGCGUACAAUAUUCAUCAGCACGUGAACGAGAUAUAAACUCGGUCUUUUUCGAUUUUCGGCUCGAUCGAUCGAGGGGGGAAUUAAUUAGAAAG